AUGGAUUGCCUGGACAUUGAAGGAUUGAUUAUUGCAGAUACCAAUGGAGAAAUUCUAUUCAAAAAAACAUUUGUAAAGGAUGAAGACCUUUCAAAGAGAAUCGUUGAAAAGGUUAUAUAUGCCAAGGAAAAUAUGUCGAUGGCAUUUGACAGAAUAGUCAUGUCUAAGAAGAUCGAUGAGCUUGUGCUGAUCAUCUACUGCCCUAUAGAAUGCAACGAACCAUUCGUUUGGCAUGCAUUCAACGAGUUCAUGAUUGGAUUUAUGUCAAUCAUCAAGAGUUCAAUCAAAGACAAGCUUUGGAAGAAGUAUGAUCAGGUUAUAUUGCUUGUGGCAGGAUUUGUGUAUGAAGGCAUGAUUGUGCAGUCCAAGAGCACCGAGAUGAUCGACAGGCUUGCAAAAAGAAACUUUGAAGGAGUGGAUGGAAUGAAGGUUCCGAAGGGACUUGCAUCAUUCAUUCACAAAGCAACAAAGUCAUUCACAAUGGGAAGUAACAAAUAA